GCAGCGCCCCUUCACAGGCACCUAGUACCACACCGGGCAAGGCGAAGGCCACAUCGACGCGCAAAUUCAACACCUCCGACCUUGCAGGCAAGCGAAAUGUUAUUUUUGAAUCGACCUAUCUGCUCUGUAUUCCGAACGAACGCAUGGAGGCGAUCUUACCCCUGCCUCCAUGGGUUGCAAGACUCGUAGAGCAGCUGCCGGACAGCCAUCCAUUUCUCACCGGUAAGGAGUGGGAUGACCUUCCACACCUAGUCACGAAAGUUAAAGCAUCGACGCUUGUGGGCAAGGAAGAUGAUGUUUUCCAAGCUUACGGUGCUCUUCACAAGGCCAUCGUCGAGAAUUGCGGGCUGCCCCCGGGAAACACCCAGGCGCGACCUCUUCUGCUUCGACCGACACGUACACCCAAGUCCACCGCGAAGGAGAAUUCGAGCAGACCAGAUGGAACGAAUCCAAAGGAUAACUCUCUCAUUAUCGACUGGAAGAAGGACCGUUACAGGUGGGCCGAUCUCUUUUUGGCGUACGAGUUCAAGAGAGCGAACAAGAAGGAUCUGGAUGGUCGCAUGGGUGUCACGAACACCAAGCAAGUAAUCUGGGACCUGCAACAUAUGUUGUGGGAGAAUAUCGAUCGUCGGUUCGCGGUCGGUAUGACAAUAGAGGAGACAGAGGCGCGUCUGUGGGUGGCGACUCGCUCCGCGAUGCUCGUUAGCAUGGAUAUCACAGAUCUGGAGAAGGCCAAGAGGGUGGCAAUCAAAGACGUUUGGCGGGACGAGCAUCGAGAGCCUGAACGGAAGAUCUACGAUCGGGUAAUGAAGGCAAUCAAGGACAUCGAGAAGAGAAGUCCCGCAGAAUUGAAACUCCCCUCCGGUGAAAAGGUGAGAACUAUUUCGUCAACAUUAGUGGCGAUGACGAAGUGA